UGUGACACCGGUCCCUCACGUAAACACGUCCCCAGCACGCCGCUGCUUCCCGGCUGUAGUGUAAAAAGGGGGUGACGCGCUCAGACUCGUGUCGGUUCUGGUUCUGUUUGUUUCAGAUGUUGUAGAACUUUCGUUAUCGAGGAGCUACAGCGAGAAGACAUCAGAGAGAAUGCCGCGGGGCCGCGCGCCUUCGUCCGCGCGGCUGUUUUAGCGACGGGAACCCAGCUGCCGGUGGCGCGUGCACCCACCAUGGAGGGGAACACUAACAGGGACUUCCUGAACUCUGACCCGCUGAAAACGGUCCGGUUCGGGGGCAGCGUGGCCGAGACGUUAGAGAAGCACCGGCAGGGGGACUUUGGUGAUUAUGAGCUGCUGCAGCAUCAGCUGGCAGAUCCAGACAUUAAGGACGCUCAGAUCAUCAGCUGGCUGCAGGAGUUCAGGAGCUGCGUCACCUUGUUGAAGAAGGACCACGAGCAGCUGGUCCAUACCGUUCUGAAGCUACCGUGGGUCAGCCGGAGCCAGACUGUCGUGGACGAGUUCCUGGCCUUCCUGGGUAACCUGGUGUCAGCCCAGACAGUCUACCUGUGCGCCUGCCUUAAGAUGGUGGUCUCCCACUUCACCCCCAAGCGGGUGAUUGUCUGUGAGGAAGGAGUGGACAUUUCUGAUUCAGAUGAUGAAGAUGACGAUCUCCCCAGAGCCUUUGAUCGAAGUCAUGAUGCGCUGCAGCUCAUCAUCAGAUAUGUGCCAUCGACAAGCCGCUUUCUUGCCCCCAUCCUGCAAGACAACUUCCCCUUUGUGCAGAAAUCCUCCAGAACCCUGGAGUGUUAUGUGCACAACCUGUUGAGGGUCACCGUGUACGCCCCGUUUGUGCGCAGAGACGUGCUGGAGCUGAUCGUGGGAAGGAUGCUGAAACUGGAUGUGAGUGUCUCCCGUGCAGACCUGGAGGGAGCAGAGGAGGGCGUUCAGGAGCAGAGCACAGACCAGGAGACGCUCUUCGACAUGGAUGAAGACGUCCCGGCGGAACAAACACCGGCGAUGAAGGUGACGGUCCACCCGGUAGGAGAGAGGCUGGACGCCCUGAUGACCGUACUGAUGGCCUACAUCAAAGACGUCUGCCACGUUAACGGCUCUUUCCAUGCUGAGCGGUCCAAGGAGCUGUUCCGAGAUCUCCUGAGCAUCUUUGACAAGCUCAUCCUGCCCACACAUGCUUCCUCACAUGUGCAGUUCACCCUCUUCUACCUCUGCAGCUUCAGACUGGCUCUGACUGAGGCCUUCCUGGACCACCUGUGGAGGGUCCUGCAGAGCCCCUCCCAGCCUGUCGUCCUCCGCCAAAGCGCCGCCGCAUACUUGGGCAGCUUCCUGGCCAGAGCCAAGUUUAUUCCCAUGCAAACUGUCCGGGCCUGUCUGGAUCUGCUUGUGGGUUGGAUCCACGGUUACCUGGACAGUCAGGAGCGCAGCGACCGGCAGGUGUGCUGUGACCUCAGCCUGCACGGGCCUUUUUAUGCGUCCUGCCAGGCGCUCUUCUACACGCUGGUGUUCAGACACAGAGCCAUCCUGGAGGCCGGCAUGAAGAAAGGGCUGGAGUACCUGCAGAGCAUGAACCUGGAACGGGUUGUGAUGAGUCAGCUGAACCCUCUGAAAGUCUGCCUGCCGUCUGUGGCCGUCAUGUUUGCUGCCGUCACCAGGAAGUACCAGGUGGUUUUCUGCUACACCAUCCUGGAGAGGAACAGUCGGCAUGCGCUUCCUGUGGUGCACGGCUCCUCAGGGAGGGACCAUGUGAGCACCAACACCAACCCCCUGGACAGCUUCUUCCCCUUUGACCCCUACCUGCUCAGGAGGUCUGGCCUGAUGGUCGAGCCGCUGUAUCAAGUCUGGGAGGAACUGGCCGACACCGAGCUGUUUCCCACGACAACCAGCCAGCAGGCGUCAAAGGAGGAUGAGGACGACUUCCUGUGCGAGGAGACGCCCCCUGCAGAGGUCAUCCUGGGAAUGACUCCCAGCUCCUGCGGUUCUGACAUCUGCGGCCCGAGCAGCGUGGGAUCCCCCCCCCCCAACAGACAGUGGCCUUUCAGGCUGUAGACCUGCAGACCUUUGGGGGUCAAAUCCAAGCCAGCGGUAGGACAUCAUCGCUGUCCCAGAUGAGUCCUGCCUGCAGACGGCAGUGGGAGGUGUACGGAUGGCAGCCCCCCCUCACCCCAUGUCUUUACAGUUGUAGUCAUGAACGAACACUGAGUGUGUUGAACAUUUGGCUAAUGAACUGAUGCUGUUUGUGUGAACGUUCCUCCCACACUGAUGAGAAGCAGAUCCGAGCUGCACAGCCGUGUGUCUGAACCUGAAGCCUCUUCCUGUAAAUAAACAUCAGAAGAUUCUGAUUUUGAAAGGAAACAAAUGAGAAAAAGGCUUUUUCUCAAUAUUUUGUUAUUUUAAAAUACGUUGAUAAAGUACAGAAAUGGUUUUUAUCUUUUCCCGUUACAGUUGCACCUGAUUCUCGGGGGGGGGGGGGUCAAGCAUUAGGCCAACAGAGGGCGCUGUGCACAGAUGGUCCUUUAAACUGGUGAUCACAGUUAAAAUAAGAAUUAAGCCACUAAAAUGAAAAAACACAUAUGAAAUAAAAACUGCCAUCAGAA